UGGAAAGCAUUGUAUUCUCUUACAUCUAUAAUUACUCGACAACUAUUUAGAUAAAUAGUCUUACAAUCAUCGUCUCACUGUUCACCAUUUUGGAUCAAAUAUUUCCCAUGAAGAUACAUAAUACUGCUUUUCUACUGUCGGCUAUCAUUCCAGUAUUGUGUGCUGUCAAUGUUCCAAACCCCGUUUUUUGGGAACGUAGUUUCGUUAUGAACAUUAGUAAUGAGAACAGUAUUGGUACUCUAAUUCAAUCGACUUCAAACAUGGCAACUUCCCAAGACUUUCAAGGUAUACACCUCGAUCCGAAUCCUAGAAAUGCUCCUGAUAGGAUUGUCUUUAACUUUGAUGAAGGUUGUCCCUCUUCAAAUAUAACGAUGGAUACAAUUCAACAGUUGAACUUUGAUAGUAUACAGGCAGCACCUAUUAGAGACGCUCAGAAAAUAGCUCUUGUCAAACGAGGAAAUUGCAAAUGGAGUGAAAAAAUUGAUACAGUCAAUCAUUUAGCCUUAGCCAAUAAUAUAAACAUCACAGCCAUCUUUAUUUACGACAACGAGCCACACGGUUCCAAUGUUACAAUUCAACGAAAAGCAGUGGUUGGUUCAGGGAGUAUAGGUCCUCCUAGUUACCCAGAUCCACUUCCUGCGAGCCGCUCCAUAUUGAAUAUGUCUGAUAAUGAUUUGGACUUGACAAGUCCUUCUACAACAACAGUCUAUUUUCUUCCAUUUAUUUAUGGCAACACCUUUGUCGACAGAAUCAACAGUUCAUACAAUGCCUCUAAUCCAGCAUUAAGAGUGUUCUGGUUAGUCACGCCUUAUUUAGAAGAAGUGAGUUGGGGCUAUGUAUACAGUGAUGGCUUUUUUGCAACGGGUCGAGGCUAUUUAUCAUAUAUCAUUGCCUUAGCAGCCAUCUUUAUCCUCGGCGUGAUUUUCCUUCGAUGGUGGCGGGUUCGUCGUCUCAGAGGUGAUUAUGCAAAUGGCAGCGGGAAUGGUUUCCAACUGCAACCUAGACCAAACCAAGUAGAUCCUUUACCUGUCGACAUUGUCAACUCUUUGCCUAUUGACAAGUAUUCGGAAGGUCUCAUAAAAAAUGUGAAUUGUGCCAUAUGUUUAGAGGACUUUGUACCCAACAAGAACGAUAUCAGAAUCUUACCAUGUGGCCAUGGCUUUUGUGUCUUGUGUAUAGAUCCUUGGUUAACUCAAAAAUCAACUAUGUGCCCAAUAUGUAAAUGGGAUUGCUUACCGGCUGAACUUCGUCGCGAAAGAGAUGCACAAAACGCCCAAAAUUUCCGAAGGGAACAAAACCAGUCAGCCAGCCAAGUUGAGAACAGUGGAUCUAAUAGCAGUACCAGUGAUAGCACUGUAAUAAAUAUGGAUGUGUCUGAAUCCCAUAGGCAAGAGAACCAAGGAUCAACGGUUCAGCAUGCAGAGUCACAAAGUCAAGAAAUAAACCAUCAAAACAUAGCCCAAACAAUGACGCCUCCCACUCCUCCACCAUCUUCACCCACAAUGAACCAACACAAUGAAGCACCAUUAUCUGCAAACAAUGCUGAAAUAAAAUAUUCAAAAGUUGCUACUGAUGUUCCGUCGAGAUAUUCAACGAACUGUUCUAUAGAUGAGAAACAAUCUUCGAAUCCUUUUGAAUCGCAACCCACGUCAGGGUCGAGCUCUUCACAACAUGUGCCGUUCACUAAAGAACGCAGUAGUAUCGAUGAAAAAAAGUCCUCCAGAAACUAGUCUUUCAUCAUCUCAGCUGAUAUCUCUCCAUUUCCUUUGUACAUAUACACGUUUAUUUUAUCUAAUCUUACAAGCUCCCAUAUAUACACUGUAUUAUUCCUAUUCUUUCAUAGAUCGUUUACCUGCAAAUAUUUAUUUAUAGUGUUCCUUUCAUUUGUUACUAUUGAAUAUAAUCUCUAUUUUCCUUCAUCCUCAAUAAACCUCCACAACUUUACUGAGAGAGCUUUUCUCAGUAUAGUUUGCUUUGGCUACAUCCACUCACCCCCCCCCCCC